UGAUAUUAGCAUAUGUCAAUAAUAUCCAAGCUGUGUUCCAUCAUCCGAGUUUGGGUGUUUCUAUCGAUAUUUCAUUGGUAUAUUUGGAAAUUAUGGAAAAACAGCCAUCACAUUUACCAGUUUUUGGUGGCAACGCUAGCGAAGUGCUGGAUUUGUUCUGCUAUUAUGCGCAAACUCGAAAUCCUCCGGACGACAAUGAUCCGCAUCACUGGGACGUUGGUCUUUACGUAACCGGAAUAAAUAUUGGAGAGAUGGAAGAAGGUAUUCUAGGAUUAGCCCAUCCCGAUGGCGGGUGCAACUUAACUAAAUCGUGUGCGAUAGUAGAAUUCGGUACUGCGAGUAAAAUAUCCACGGGUUUUUCAUCGUCUCUCAUUGCUGCUCAUGAGAUCGGUCAUGUCUUAGGAAUUGAACAUGAUUCAAUGCCAUGUGAUAUAGAUAAAUAUAUAAUGUCACAUCGCAAACUCUAUCAAGGCCAAGUAACAUGGUCCGAAUGUAGCCGUAAUACAGUUGAAGAACUAUGGACUGCACAAAAGUGUCUUGGAGAUCGUACGAGAUCGAAAGACGUAUAUGAUCAUUCGCGUUAUCACGAUUUACCCGGAAGACAAUGGACCGCUAAAGCGCAAUGCGAAAUAUAUUUUCGCGACAAGGAUGCAAACGUAGUCUCGUUGCUUGACAUAUGCAAAACCUUACAAUGCGAAUUAUUUAAUAAGAAUGGGUCUUACUUCACGGGACCAGCGUUGGAAGGCACUUAUUGCGCACCUGGAAAGGAAUGUCGCGGUGGAGAAUGUGUGUCCGUUAUCAAACCAUACAAUUUUAAGUGUUGUCCAGAAGAUAACUGGAGUGAAUGGAAAGAAGGCACCUGUCAAAGUAGUUGCUUCAAGAAAUCUAAAGGCGUAAGAGUCAGACGACGAUCUUGCAAACACAGAAAUCGCAGAUCGGUGAGUUGCAAAGGGCUAUAUUACGACGUGGUCCUGUGCAAUGAUACUUUAUUUUGUACUGAGAAACGCAAGAUGAUCAACUCAUUUAUCAAAAUGAAAUGCAUGGCAAUGUUUAGCGAUUUGACGCUUAAACUAACAACUGACUUGGAUUUAGAAUGGCAGGCCUCUCAUGACGUCGAGAAACCGUGGAUAGCCUGUACCAUACACUGUCCACGAAGAAAGUUAUCUACUGAUGACGUACACUUGGAAAUGCUCAGCUUUCGUAUCGACCCAUACUUACCAGAUGGAACGUGGUGUCACAAUGAAAAUGGCCAAGAUUAUUACUGCCGACAACACUACUGUCUACCGGAAAGCUACUCUUACGAAUAGUUGUUGAUUAUCGACAAGUGUGAACGAGGAUCGAGAAAAAAAAAUUAUUAAACUCUCGUAAAUCAGUUUAGUAUAGUUGGUCAAUUCGUUUCGUACCAAAUUUUCGAUCGCACAAUUUGUCAUGUUAACAAUUGUUUUCCGUAUCAUCCAUACCUUGCUUCAUGAAACAAAUGGACAAAGAAUCGCGUCAAAUUAUCAGGAUCUAAAACCAAUUCCAUCGAUAAAAUUCCAUGAUUGAAAACGUAAAAAAAAACAAUAAAAAAUAAUAAGUAAUAAUUAACAUGUUUGCAAAAAGCAAAAAUAAAUAGUUAAAUACAGAAGAGGUUUUAUUUUGUACGAGACAAUGUGUCGAUAGAAGGUAAACAAGAACGACAACGAUACUCACUAUGUUGUAUAUUUUAAUAGU